CUUCGGUGACUUUAUCAACUGAUAACGGGGGAAAACAAUAGAUUCGACUGUUGGUGGGGAACAGCUGAAGGCGGAGUUUUUUGAGUGGUUUCUAAUAAUAGGGGUUUAGUUGUUGGGGAGAAGGACCCGCAUGUCUGACACUUUGACAUCACCAAAGAGUUCAAAUCACUGAAAUUUUUAUCAGCCCACAAUUUCAAUAUUUUACCAGCAAUUCGUCGAAAUUAAUCCACCAAAAUAAUUCAUUUAACUCUCAGAAUCACUGAAUUAACUGACUAAAUUGUUGACGUUUUGCUGAUUGUAAAAUAAAUAGCAAUUAAUUAUUCAUUGAACAGAUACUUAAUUGUCUUUCUGAUCAUAUCCGAUAGUUCACUUGAUUAUCACAGAUUGAGGGUAACAGCUAGAAUUGAUAGACUAAUAGGAGCAUUACGCAGUAGCUUAUCAAGAUCAGAGUUGCUGACUAACUGCAUUGUCCUCGUGCACUGUCUGAAUCUCCGUGAAAAAAUUAAAAAUGUCGCAGGGAAAAUUGUCUCUGGGAAUCGAUCUGGGGACGACGUCAGUCAAGGUGGUUGUGUACUCCAGGAACAAGGGAGAAAUCAUCGCAAAACAGUCCAAAGAUACUCAGGCAAAUGUACCCAGUGAUUUGGGAAUUGAUGGGAAUAAACAGGAUGUACCGAAAAUUCUCUCGGCUGUUCACAGCUGUGUCUCCAGGUUGCCGAAGGAUUUAUUACGACAGGUGACGACAAUUGGGGUUUGCGGUCAAAUGCAUGGAGUGACCCUCUGGAAAUGUCAGCCACCACCGCAUGGUAAUGAGAAGACUUUCAAACUGGAGAUAGAUAAGGGCCAGGUAUCGCACCUCUACACCUGGCAGGAUAGCCGAUGUGAUAAUGAUUUUCUGGAGGGUCUGCCUCCAUCUGCCAGCCAUCUGCCCGUUCAUCCGGGGUACGGUUGUGCGACCCUCUUCUGGUUUGCCCGUAACAAACCUGAAAAAUUGACAAAAUACGACAGAUGUGGAACAGUUCAAGAUCUGAUGGUGAAUUUGCUGAGUGGUGCUGAGGAAGUGGUGAUGAGCCAUCAGAAUGCAGCGAGUUUUGGGUAUUUUCUGACGGAGGAGGGGAAAUUCGAGGUGGAGGUAAUGGAGAAGGGAAAUUUCCCAGUGAAUCUUCUGCCGAGGAAAAUAUUGAAAGCUGGGGAGACAGCUGGACACCUGGUGCAGACCUGGUUUGGCAUACCCGCGGGAGUGCCCAUUGGAGUCGCCCUGGGGGAUCUCCAGUGUUCGGUGCUGGCUCUUCUCAAGGGACAGGACGAGGCUGUCAUGAAUAUCUCCACUUCUGCACAGCUGACCUAUGUUCAUCCGGACUUCAAGGGAGAGGUUGGGGACUUGGGGAGCAUCGAGUACUUUCCGUACUUCGGUGGAGAGUACUUGGCUGUUGCUGCGUCACUCAAUGGGGGAAAUACCCUGGCUAGCUUUGUUAAGAUGGUCCAGCAGUGGACUAUGGACCUGGGGUUCUCCGUUCCUCAAUCAAAAGUCUGGGAGAAGUUGAUAUCUCUCGGCCAGGAGGACUCGGCAGUGAGUUCUAUGAGAAUCGAGCCUCUUCUCCUGGGUGAACGUCACGAUCCUCACAAGACAGCUAGUGUCUCAGGGAUCAGCCUUGACACCCUCCAACUGGGGACGGUCUUCAGGUCUCUGUGCUCCGGAGUCAUUCAGAAUCUCCAUGGGAUGAUGUCCCAGGAGGUCCUCAAGAAAAAAGGGAUAAAGAAGAUUGUGGGGAAUGGAUCGGGUUUGGUACGUAAUCCAGUUCUCCAGAAGGAGGUUCAACACUGGUAUAAACUCCCCCUUGAGCUUGGACACUCUGGUGAUGCUGCACUGGGGGCAGCCAUCGCUGGAGUUGCCUCUGAAUAAUGAUCUUCCAAUUAAUUGAAUCUUGAUAGCCUUUCAAACGACCAAUUUACGAUGACAAACCCUUCCAUUUGCCUAGUACAAUAAUUGUUAAUGUUAAAUGAAGUUACAUGAGAAACAAUAAAUUAUUACCUUGGAA